AGCAGCAGUCGCAGUGCAUUUAUCUUCUCUCUGUAAAUCCUGCCUCCUAGUUUAUUGACUAAUAUUUCUUCUGCUGUCAGACUGACUAAGCAUUUCAACCUUGGAUGGAUAAGAGACUGCAACAUGGGGAAUUGUUUCCGAUCUGCUCUGAAACAAAAAGAGGAAGAACUGAAAUCAGUCAAAGACAGUUUGACUGAGAUGGAAACAUUUUACAAAGAGACGCUUCAUGAGGCAAGAUCUGCUCUGAAACAAGAGGAGGGACAAAUAGAGUCAUUAGAAGACAGAUUGAUUAAGAUGUGCACAUAUCAAAAGAAUCUUUAUGAGGCAAGAUCUGCUCUGACACAGAAAGAUCAAGAAUUGAAAUCACUGAAAGACAGAAUGACUGAGAUGGAAACAUUGUACAAAGAAAAACUUCAUGAGGCAAGAUCUGCUCUGAAACAAAAAGAUGAAGAACUGAAAUCAGUCAGAGACAGAGUUGCACCUGACUUGACUCUUUCAAUAAAGACAGGAGACACUGAGAGCAUGAACAACCCAGUCAGUAAAACCAAACUGACAGAGAUGUAUAACAAACUGAAACUGCUGCAGUGGCCUAAAAUCAAAGAUCAUCUGAAAUCUAAUGCUGUGAACAGAGAGUUUACCAGAGAUCUGACUCAGAAAAUGUUUAAAGAUGCAGCAGAAGAAAUGGAGAGAAAGAAGAAGCAGAUAGAUGAAGUGUUUGGACUGAUUGAGAACAGCAGUGGACUAACACCUCAGAAGGUUAAAGAGUUCAGACAGUUAACAAUUCACAGUCUUCAGAUGAAUCUGUACCACAGCAGGAAAGAAGAUCUUCUUCAGAGUCCUUUCCUUGAUGAUGAAGCUCAGUACUCCCAAGAUGUGAUGGAGAACUUCAGACUUCUGGCCUCUGAAUGCUACUGGUUGGGUUGUUUGAUGGCUUUAAACAAUCCUCCUCUUCAGCCGGACUGGGAGAAUCAUGUUCCUGGGAUGGACGCCUGGGACAUUUUCCCACGAAACAUCAAGUCUGUUUAGAUCAUGAAGAGGAAGUAAAUUCAAAAAAUUAAACCAAAAAUCUGUCUCAUUUUAGUAUUAUGGAUCACAAAUUACUACCUGCUAUUAACUCCAAGGUGUGAAUGAAGAAUUUUUUAAAGUUAUUUAUUAUGAAUGGGCAUUUUGAUUAUUUUUUGAAGUCGAUUAAUCAAGCCAGUUAAAGUCUAUUAGUCCUGACGUCAUCGUUAACAUGUGCCCUCCACCCAAUAGAGUCAUGUUUUUUGCACUGUAGUGUAGUGUGCACUAACUUUACCUCUCAAGCUCCACUCAUCAACAAAGCACCUCAGACUAGUUCUCAGCAGUGUCUCUCAUCUGUACUGAGAGUUUAAGCACAGAACAUGAAAUCUUCCAGUCACCGUCGAUGUAACUGUGACAGUGACGAAAAAAAAUCUGAUGUGAGAGCUGUCCAUGUCACGAUCACUUUAUAUAAUGUUAAAACUCAUUUUAAAGCAGAUAAGGAUUUUUCUCAUCAGAUGUCUGGAUCUUGCGUAAUCAGAAAAACAAGCUGAGCAAACAGCUGCUCUUAACGUCCUGUGUCACAGAGAAACACUUUUUAUAAAAUAUGAAACUGCUUUAUUCAAUGAGGCCUCCGUGGAUAAAUCAGCUCACAGUAUAAAUUUUAACAUAAAAACAAGCUGUGUCUAGAAACAACGUCAGCUAAUGUUAGCGCAGCUCGUUCAUCAGGCCACAGGCCGUUAUUAAACUAAUUUUGAAUGUGAAACAAUAACUCCUGUGAAGACCAUUAAGCAAGCUCCCCCAAGCAUAAUGCCGUAAUUUGCUUCUUUUUAUUGCAGAGGUCUGUUGCACCAUACAGAGCAAGUGCAGAGAUGCAGUGCUUGGCAGAAACAGAACCAUAAACAUUAGUUCCAUAUCUCUCCUCCAACCUCCACCCGAUAAAAAGUUUGUCAAAUAAAGAUUUGUCGAUUUUUUAAAAUAGAUGUCGGCCAUGUUUACCGUCUUGAUUAAUCAACUAAUUGA